CUAGAUUUGUCAAAGCAUGUCAUGUUUGCCAGGUUGCGAAACAGAGUACUCCCAUUAAACCUGCACCACUUCAACCUAUUCCGUCUGUUGGCACACCAUUUGAGCAUCUCAUUAUUGAUUGUGUAGGUCCACUACCCCCUUCGAAAUCUGGUUGUGUGUACCUCUUUACCAUCAUGUGCCAGGCCACUCGGUAUCCAGCAGCGUAUGCCUUGAGAACAAUUACCACGAGGUCAAUAUUGAAAUGUUUGUCUAAAUUCAUUUCUGUCUUUGGCAUUCCAAAGGUAAUUCAGAGCGACAGAGGGUCUAACUUUACCUCCAGAACAUUUGCUGCAGCGUUGAAGUCGAUGCAGGUGAAGCACAAUUUGAGCAGCGCGUAUCACGCACAGAGUCAGGGGGCAUUGGAGCGCUGGCAUGCCACGUUGAAGUCUCUCUUGCGCGCUUACUGUGUUGAGAUGCGGAGAGAUUGGGAGGAGGCGUUGCCAUGGCUCUUGUUGUCUGCGCGUGGUGUAGUUCAAGAAAGCACUGGUUUUAGUCCAAAUGACCUAGUCUUUGGCCACAAAGUCCGGACCUCACUGUCUGUUUUAAAUGCCAAUCUGGAUCUGCAGAACACUCCCGUCAGUUUCACUGAGUAUGUAGAUGGUUUUCGUCGUAGGCUGUUGCUUGCAUGGAAAGAGGCAACCGAGCAUUUGACUAAAGCUCAGGUGAAAAUGAAGCUGCGUUAUGACCGUAAAGCUAAGAUCAGAGUUUUCAAUCCAGGUGAUCAAGUUUUAGCUUUGCUGCCCAUUCCGGGGUCACCAUUUACAGCAAAAUACUCUGGUCCAUUUACGGUUAUGAGCCAAGUGUCAGAUCUCAAUUAUUUACUGUCAACUCCUGAUCGUAAACGAUCACAGCAACUGUGUCAUGUGAAUUUACUCAAGCCUUACCACUCUGCAGGUUCCGACAAGGCGGGUGGGAUUGCUGCGAGUCCAGUGGGUCUAGCCGUUGGGGUUGGGGAACCGCUCAACUGGCCGGAGGUGGCAGCUUGGGAUGAAGUGCGCGCACCUGAUGAUUCAGUGUUACACGGGCGCUUAGAAAAUACUCAGCAGUUAAAGGAGCUAGAUAGUCUCCUCGGUCAUUUAAGUGAGGUACAGCGUAAACAGUUGUCGGAUUUGAUUUUUGAGUUUUUGCCUUUGUUUUCCGACACUCCAACCUGUACCACACUAAUUGAACAUGACAUUGACUCUGGACCAGGAGGUCUAAUCAUCUCCACUCACUCCUAACCUGCGGUUUUUCUCUGUUUCCCUUAAAGGUCGCUGUCCGGGUACCAGGAUUUGCUGGGUGCAGGGAAGGUCGGAGGGGAAGGAGGGUGUUUGGGAUGGUUUGGGUUCUGGUUGGUCUGGGGUGGAGGGGAGGUGCGUCAGUGGGACUAGAAUAUAGCUACUGGGGCUACUGUAGUUUUUUGUUUUCUAUUUUUUGAUGGUGCUUCAGAGACCCAGUUAACACGGGUCUCUGUUUUUAAGGGGGGGGGAUGUCAUGCCCGGCUCUGCCGGUUAGUGUUUGGGGCACUUUGGUCCUCCGACCCGCAGGUGGAGCUGGUCUGUGAAGACGUGCAACAUCUCAGAGGGCUGCUGAUUGGGCGGCCUAUAAAAGGCCUCCCAUCAGCAUGCUCGGCUCUCUCUCGUCCCACAGGCACAUUCGUUUGGUGACCGUAUGGUCACGGCAACGACGGCCGGGAUUAGCACCACACUUGCACCCUUUUGGGACAACACUCAUUUACUGAUACAUUCCUUGGUUAAUUCACAUUACUGAUCACUGAUACAUGUUGUAAAAUAAAAGAUCUGUUGGCUAAAAUG